AUGUCUUCAGCACUUGACCAAUUUGAUGCGCUCCAGAACCAGAUGCGAGAGUUCUCCGCCAACGUAGACCGUAGACUCGCAGAGAAAAGAGCCAAUAUCAUAUCUGCUCGUCAGGACCACUUCUCCCGUAUCAACGAGCUCAAGAACCAGGAAACGGCCCUUCUGGCCCAGAUUGAAUCACUUCAGUCCAAGGAGAGCAAGACAAAGCACAACCUCAAACAGGCCCUAGAAGCCAUACAAUCCCAGCGAGUCAAGGUCGACGAGCUCACACGUAAACAGAAUGAACUUACCGACGAGAAAAAUGAACUCCAGGCCCAAAUAGACGAAUUAUCGAGGACCGUAGAGUACUCCACAGCAGAGUUGAGCAGAUCUCAUGACAAUUUGGAGAAGCAGCUUAGGAAAAAUUAUCCAGAGCUCAUCAAGUAUGAGAUGUAUUUGGGACUCAAAAUCGAAGCUGUUUCGUUUGAUUUGAUGAAAUUUGUCUUCACCAACCUCGAUCCCAAUAACUAUGAUCGUCGAUUCUGGAUCGAUUUGGCCAUUGAUAAAGAAACAUACUCUGUGGGCCAAUCGGAUCCUCAGCUAUCGACUGAGACUACCAAUUCACUCGAAACUGAAUUGAACAACCAUAAGGAGAUCGUCAAGUUCUUGAAGUCGGCCAGAAACAGCUUCAAGGAGUUGGUAUAA